GCGGCAGGCAUUGGAGAGCCUAGAACAGCGAGUACAGAAACCAGCAGGAAAAGAAAGGAAGAGUAACGGGGGGGGUAGAGACAAGAAACAUCUACAAUCAUUACGAAUGUGUGUAUAUGUGUAGCAUAUGAUCACUCGCUGGCUGUCUUUAAUUUAACCUAAUUUAACAGCUAAGCUUAUAGAUAAAGCAUAGGCUGGCUUCAUUUUGAUUGUAAAAAAGGAGGAUAGCAAACAUCAAGAAAAAUAGCGAGGAUGUUGGUCCCCGCGGGAAGAUAAUGAAGAGGCUGCGCGUUUUGUUGGUGUGCCUAAUUGUAGCUCUCCUGUGCUGGUACCCCAGUCGUCAUGUUGAUUGUUCAGAACAGAGCGCCACUGGCCCAGUACAGUCUGCACAGGAUAGUAGCCCUGAGGCGAAGCAGGAGGAGGGGCCUUACGAGAAGGUUGAAGAGGAAUGGGCAGCACAUAUUCAGUCAUACGACGUGGGACUGGAGUCGGAGAGGGCUGCAUUAGAGGAGGCGCCAAAGCAACAUUUCAUACAAGAUGAGACUGUGAAGAAGGAGGAGCCUGUAGCGGAGGCUAGGUCGGAGCCAGCGACGGACCCUGAGGCAGAACCGGAGCCCGAUCCUCCCGCCACCCAAGACCAGGCUCCGCCAUCCCCUGCUGCUUUCUCCGCCCCCGCCGCUACACCUGUGGCCACCCCCGCUGACCCCGAAGAAGUCCCUGAGGACACCCCUAUCACACCUACCUCACAAGCCCCUCCCACCACACCCGCCAGUGCAAUAGAGGUUCCCAGUGCUGAUACCCCUGUAGACAGCUCUAUUGAUGCUGAGCAUCAGCAGUCAGCCGCUGAUUGUGAGGCUGGAGGGCCCCCAGUGGCGCCCCCUCUCUUUGGCAGCACACUCACCAGUUUGGCUGUGGAUCACAUAGAGAAUGCCUCCAGCACCCCUGGGAGGGGGAAGGGGACCAAGACUGACCUGGACGCCCCACUCACCCCUGUGGGCCAGGAUCUCCCUGAGCUGGACCAGGUUGUGAACACCUCCCACACGCCCGAGGAAGAGGCACCGGCUGUCGACACCCCUCUUGCUAAGGAGACAGACCCCUCUGUGCCCAGCAAGGAGGACAUCCCCACCUUUGACGAGUGGAAAAAGAAGAUGAUGGAGGUGGAGAAAGAGAAGAGCCAGUCCAUGCACUCCUCCUCCAAUGGAAGCCCCCAUGUUGUGAAAAAGGUACAGAAGAACUUCAAAAACAACUAUGCCUCGGUGGAGUGCGGGGCCAAAAUUCUGGCAGCAAACACUGAGGCCAAGAGUACAUCAGCCAUUCUGAUGGAGAACAUGGAUCUCUACAUGUUAAACCCCUGUAGCAACAAGAUCUGGUUCGUCAUUGAGCUGUGUGAGCCUAUUCAAGUCAAGCAGCUGGACAUUGCAAACUUCGAGCUCUUCUCCUCCACUCCAAAAGACUUCCUGGUUUCCAUCAGUGACAGGUACCCGACUAACAAGUGGAUCAAGCUGGGCACUUUCCAUGCCAGAGAUGAGCGCACGGUGCAGAGCUUCCCGCUGGACGAGCAGCUGUACGCCAAAUACGUCAAGAUGUUCAUCAAGUACAUAAAGGUUGAGCUCAUCUCCCACUUCGGAUCUGAACACUUUUGUCCCCUGAGUCUCAUCAGGGUGUUUGGAACCAGUAUGGUGGAGGAGUAUGAAGAGAUAGCAGAGUCGCAGUAUCCCUCAGAGAGACUGGAAUACCUGGAUGAGGAUUAUGAUUACCCUCCUGGCUUUGUGCCACCUGAAGACAAGGCUUCAAAGAACCUGUUGGGAUCAGCCACCAAUGCCAUCCUGAACAUGGUCAAUAACAUCGCAGCCAACGUGCUGGGGGCAAAGCCGGAGCUGGAGGAAGGAGCCAAAACUGAAGCAAACUUCUCGACUGAGGCGGAGAACGUGACGGAGUCGUCCACAGUGUCCCUGCCCAGCUCCUCCGCCGGCCUCACCCCCACACCCACUUCCCCCCCAGUGAUGGAGACCCAGGAGCUGGAGGAGCCAGUACCUAAAGAGGAGCCAGAGGCCACUGUCACUGAGGCCCCCACGCCGGCGCCCCCCGAGGAGAGCCAGAUCGUCACGCUCGUCGAGGAGGAAGAGGAGGAGCCCAGCCAGUCCACCAUCACCCUUCUGGAAGGAGAAGAUGACGAGGAGGAGCUGAAGGCGGAGGAGCCCCCGAGGCCGGAGCCGCAGCAGCAGGAGAGCUUUUACUACUGUGGAGAGCUCUCCACUCUCUCCUGUGUCGCCACCCUCCACGAGUACCUGUCCCGCUGGUGCUCCGCGACCCUGGCCCUGCAACGGCAGCGCAGCGACCGGCCGCGGCGGAGGAGCGCGCAGGCCGACACGCCCUCCCCGGCCGAGCCGCCCCUCCUCUCCCCCACCCCGACGCAGGAGCCGCCCCUCGACACGGAGCACCCGCCCGUGGAGGAGCGGCCCUCGGCCCACGGGGAGAGGAUCAGCGCCACGGACGUGCCCGGCGGGCCCACGCGCCGCGCCGAGGUGACGGUGGAGCGCACCGCCGAGACCCUCCGGCUGGAGCCCAGCCGCACCUCCUCCCUGCCCCCGCAUAGCUUCUCCGACAGCGUCCUCUCGAAGGUCGUCCCCACUGAGGAGAUCCCUGAGCCCUUGCCCAGGGAGCCAGUGGAGCAGGGGCUGCCGCAUCUGGACAAGAUCCCGGAGACUCAGGCGGAGCUGAAGAAGGGGCCGUCUGCCAGUAGCAGCAGCAGCAGCAGCAGCAGCAGCAGCAGCAGCAGUGUUAGCAGCAGCAGCAUUAGCCUCAGUGACUCCAGCCUCAUCAUCAGCUCCACCGUGGAGCUGCCCAUCCCAGAAAGCGACUCACCCAAACUGGACCCGCAGAUCCACCCCGUGAAGGAGCAGCCUGUCUCCGUCCCCGCCCUCCCCACCGCCACCCGGCCUGCCGAGAUCCCCCCGCCAACGGAGGUGCCCAUACCCCCAGUGGAGGUGGACCUUGGCAAAGCCCCCCCGGAGGAGCCCCACAGAGCGGCCCCCGCGCCAGAGCACCCUGAGUCCCCCGCGCCGGUCCCGGAGCUCAAAGUGGAGGAAACCGUAGAGGACAUUCUGCUGAGUGUGCCUUCCAGCAACUCGCAGCUGCACCGCACAGCCACCGACUUCUACGCCGAGCUGCAGAACUCCACCGAGCUGAGCUACGGCAACGGCAACCAGGUCCACGGCUCCAACCAGAAAGAGUCGGUCUUCAUGAGGCUCAACAACCGCAUCAAGGCCCUGGAGAUGAACAUGUCCCUCAGCAGCCGUUACCUGGAGGAGCUCAGUCAGAGGUACCGAAAGCAAAUGGAAGAGAUGCAACGGGCUUUUAACAAGACCAUCAUAAAACUGCAGAACACCUCCAGAAUUGCAGAGGAACAGGACCAGAAGCAGACCGAAUCCAUCCAGGUCCUGCAGAGCCAGCUGGAGAACGUCACUCAGCUGAUGCUCAACCUGUCAGCCACCGUCAGCCAUCUGCAGAGAGAGGUGUCGGACCGGCAGAGCCUGCUGGUGGUGUCCCUGCUGCUGUGUCUGUGCCUGGGCCUGCUGCUUUGCAUCCAGUGCUGCCGGAGCUCCACCCCAGCCCCGCCAGACUCCUCCUCCUCCAUACCCAAGAGCAACCACUACCCCAGCCCCAAGAGGUGUUUCUCGUCUUACGACGACAUGAGCCUGAAGCGGAGAGUGUCGUGCCCUCUUGUGCGGUCCAAGUCGUUCCAGUUUCCCACAACAGAAGUAGGUCCAGAUGACUUGUACAUUGUAGAACCUCUAAGGUUUUCGCCAGAAAAAAAGCAGAAAAAACGCUGCAAAAUGAAAGGCGAGAGGGUGGAAACGCUGAAGCCUUCCGUCCCCGCUCCAGUAGUAGCUAACGGAGGGCUGAAGUGUAACGGCGUGUGCCCGCCCCACGGCACCCUCCUGCCCUCGGGGGAGGUGUGCAUGUCCUCGUCCAAGGACCCCCCCUCCGAGGGCAGCUCGGAGGGCUCCUCGCACUCGGACGAGUCCUACUUCUGUGGCAUCUCAUCCUGCACGCGCCUCUGCAACGGCCACCCCCCGCCCAAGACCAAGACAGAGAAGAGGGCCUUUAAGCGCCGGCGCUCCAAGAUGGUGGAGCAGGGCAAGUACAUGGACGAGGUGCUGCAGGUGCAGACGACCGCCAUGUCCACCCUGGAGGACAUAAUGAAGGGAAACAAGGAGAUAAGCGUGGGGACGUUUGGGGUGACGGCAGUGUCAGGCCAUGUUUGAUCCCUAGCCCACCCCCACUCCCCCUUUCCUCACCCUCUCUAUCCUUGGGCUCGCUGACUUUAUCACUCCUCCACCCCCCCCCACCCAUCACCCCUCCACACCUCCAACCCCUGCGAAGGGGGCAGGCUGGCACUUUGCAGUCUCCUCUGCCAGCACAGAGCAGGACAAGGGCGUGGACUGAAUGUAGCCCGCCUCUUCUCACCGGGCCACUUGAGAGAGUCAGAUCUGCCACCAAGAAAGGACGACAGAGUGGAACUCAGACAGGGUGGCAGCAAGAAUCAGGAAGAAGCCCCCCCUUCCCCUCCCAAAACAUUGCUCCCAUGUUCUCUAAACCUCUCCUUGUUUAUGUGCCUUUUUUGUCCAUUUUAGAGCUUUGACAGUUUUUUGUUUCCCUAGAGAGCAAUGUUAUAAGAAACGGACAAAAGACACAAGACAAAAAAAAAAAGAUUUUAUCGUGGGUGAAUUUUUCUACAAGACUAGCACAUUGUUCUGUCAGUAGUUGUGUCAGAUAGCAUUCCACCCCAGUGCUGGGCGUCCAGGACAGGAGAGGCGCCCAUAACAGUUCCAGCCCUUCAGUUUGCAGUGAGAAGUGAAGCUUCUCGUUGGGGAGACACGUGUCACUUCAGAAAUAGCAGCAGGACAAGCCACUGUUCCUCUUCUGCAUUCUUUCCUAUGUUGACAAUUAACACUAGCAGAUUUUUUUUGGGACCAGAGUGUUGUUACCUUCAUGUAUGAUAGGCCUAAGCCUCUUGAAGCAACCUCAGCCAAUGACUGAAGCUGAAUGAAGAAUGAAUCCAAAUUUUUAUGUGUUGUCCACUUCAGUUUUCCCAAGUCUGAAUGCGUUGAAGGGUGCUGUAGAGCUCACUAGCUUGUUGGUAAAUUUUGGACUCAUGUCAGGGCUCGGCCCAUUAUCUACAAACGCAUCUACACAGCUAUUGGAAAAGGGAUUUUGUGCAGAACUGCAGAGGAGAAUCCAGUCAGGUUUUAUUUUUUGAUGUGGACCAAACAAAUGAAAGUAUGUAGGACAGUGUGUCGUGUGGACCAGUCCGUACAAGCAUAUUGUAGUCUGCAAGAAUGGCGACACACAGGGAUCCAGUAGGGGGCGCACUGCUGCCAGCUUUAUUUAUGUAUUUAUUUAUUUAAAUGUCUCACAGGUCUCCCUACCUGGGCUCCAGCAUGCGCACAGGUCAUGGGGCCAUAUGACGCUGUCUCUCCAGGGUCCCAGUGUGUCGCCCAGCUCAUGGGUUUUCAAUAAUAAUGACCAUGAUAAUGGCACACAAGAUGGUACUCACAUAUACUGCAUGUGCUCCACGGACUGGCCAACACGCUUGCUCAGGUGUCCACUUUUUUUACUGUAUAAAUGACUGGAUUCUUAGACCUCGGCACAGUGACUGCUGCUUUAUAUACCAUGCACCUGUUCUUGCACAUAAUAUACUCAUGAAUAUACAAACAAAAUUUCGGAGGCAAUCCACUGAAUAUGUGCUGGAAUCUUCAUUUGUUUUAAUACAGAUUACACUGCAGAUGUUGAGUAAGUUGUGGAAGACUGGUCUGUCACCCCUGAGCCUUGGAGAUAUUGAAGUGGACAGUGGGGAAGAAAAAAAAAACAGCCUUGAUGCAGGUCAUAGAUAUGUUCUGAUUAGCUCUGCAGUCAUUGGAUUCGAUAUUGAUUGCUUAAGAGGCUGUGGUGUCUCUAACGAAUAUACAGCACUCCUACUAAUCAGUUCCUACUCAACACAGUCCCCCUCCUCCCCCUGCUUCCACACUCCAGGUCAUUUCCAACACAGCCACCAAGUCCUUCUGUGUGAAGAAAGCUGUUUCUACGCACCCAUUUUGACCAUUCUUCUUGCGACAGUUGACUUUUGACAGAUUUUAGCAUCUUUGACUCACUGCGUCUUGUACCUAACAGUUCUGUGAAAUUAUUUGUGUUCAUUCAACUCUGUUCACCCUAUACUACUUUUAAAUUUGACACAGGUUGUUGCUCACUUUGAAAUAAUAAUUCCCACAUUUCAAAAAAAAAAAAAAGGGAAAGCUCUGGAUGGAUUUUGAAUGUAAUGGCUAUUUUAAGUAAUUCGAUGAAAGGUAAUCCUACACACACAGUGGGGUCUCUUUUUUUGUUGUUUUUUUUUUUUUUAAUCAUGAUCCUUUUUUGUACCUCCAAAUGAGUAUGAAAAAACGUUUGAAAAGCUGUGUUUGUGUGUGUGCAUGCGAGAGUGUCGUGAAGUUGUUUUCUUGACCCCCGUGUCUGGAAGGAAGACCGUCUCCAUUGUGCGUGUUGUAUAACCAAGUGAAUAGAACUAUUGCUCUUGUUGAAAGGUCUACAAGCUCAGUGUGCACUUUUAUUAAUUCUCAUGCCUUUUGUUUUGUUUUGUUUUUUUUUCUACACUAUACCUUGUAUGUCAAGUGCUUUUCCAAGCUUCUCUUUGUGUGUGGCGUCCCCAGUGUCCUGCGGCAGUGUGGAGGCCCGGGAGGCCACAGGAACACACUACUUAUCUUUCAAGGGUGAGCUGCACAGAACUUUUGGAAC